ACUGCAAAAUACUUCAGCUUGCUACUGUUCCGGAAGCCAGGGUGUCUCGAACCGAUAUAGACCGAUCCCAUCGUAUUGGCCCUUCAAAAACAGGUAAACCACGUGACAUCAUCGUCAAAUUUACGACAUACAGAGCGAGGAGCAAUUUCUAUCGGUCGCGGUUCAAGUUGAAGUCAUAUGGAUUUCCAGGUAUAUUUGUGAAUGAGGAUUUAACUAGAUCACGCUCAACUUUAUUCUAUCAGGCGAGGAAGCUUCUUAAAGAACGUAAACUUUUAGGAGCUUGGACCCAUGACGGCUCUGUCAUGGUGAGGGACGCCGGUCGUAGAAUCCACCGUGUCACAACCGAGUCCGAUCUUGCUAAGGUGAAAAGCAUAAUGCCAAUUCCUCACCAACCAGCUUCAUAUGCGGCAGCGACUGCUGCAUCAAAUCCUUUGAAUUAA